CUCUAAUGUCCUUAAGACAUCGGAAUAGCAAAAGUCAGGUCAAAAACGGAUCAUCAGUUCCAAUUUGCUGGUAGCCACAACUCGAGAGAAAGCGGUUUCAGCAGUCAGUAAUAUCGAUCAGUUCAGUAGUUAUCAUUGAUCUAUGUUCGUUUAAACACAAGACACCGAGAUGUCCAGUGGUCAGCCGUGUUUACAACCUGUGCCUGCGAAUGAGCCUUGGUAUGAACGGGUGCAUAACAACAAAACAUUAUCGUCCACCAGAAGAUAUGUGGAUUAUAACGAUCCGGAGUCUCCCUUAGACGACUUGGACUUCCGGCUAAACGCUGAGUACAAUCAUCAUCGGGAGUGGAAUAAGGAUUUACGUCAGACGGUAUUUCAGCGAGAAUCACUACGGAUAUUGAACGAUGAUGAGCUUAGAACACUGAAGCUUGCCGGGGCAAAAGAACUUCCUCCCUAUACAUGCAAGGAAGAACAAGGACGCAUCCACACAAAUCGAAUUAAAGGAAUAGAAAAGCCAGCAACUAAGGCCAAUGUGACCAACUUCCGCUACUGGGAAAACCCCACGAAGGAUUCUGUCCACAAAACGGACAACUCCAUAUGUGAGUCCUUCAAGUGUGUAAUGUGAUGAUUCAUGCAUUUUGAGCUUUAAGAAGAUCUAUGGGCCUAGCAAGUAGAAUAGUAGGGAUAAGAAGAGCAAUGUCACGAAGGCUCAUCCAACGCCAAAUGUGCAUCCAGUCAGGUCGUUUUUCAGCUGCGCCCAGGAUACCUGUAGCAGAGAAGCGGCAUUUUCGCUCGGAAGAAUUCCACUGUCACUUAUCCUUCUUUCUCAAGUUUGGCACCAAGUGCACAUCGCGUUCUCUGGCAUCCGAUAUGUCGGAUAACCCAGCUUAUUUGUUCCGCCUAAUGAUGGUGGUGACGACAAUAGUAAUGGAUAAAUAAUGCUUCCAGGGCAGCGCCAGUAGGCAGCCUCAAGGCAGUGGAAUACUGUACACUGGAAAGCUGUUGUAUAUGAGGACGAAUAAAUGAUAAGGGAAUAAUGAGACUUCCGGUAAAAUGAUUACUAGGGCCAGUGCGUCAAAACUACUAUAAUUUUCAGCUAGAUUCUUUGCGGUUUGAGGUCAGUUACAACACGAGUAUAGUUGAAAUUCCCCGUAGUAUUUUGCAUUUCUUGGGUUCGUUCUUAUGAAAUUGAAGUGUAGUUAUCCUCUCGAUGUCGGCCGGUAGCCCAAAGGAUGACGGGCCAGUCCUGGAACUCCAUAGUCCUCAGUUCGGAUCUGCAUAGGUGCGAGGAUGAUCUCACAUUACUCCUAACGCACGCACGACUCGUGGUGGUCGCGUGGCAACGGAGCACAUAUGCUGAUGCUUUCCUUACUUCGCUUUAUACACCGUCUAUUUUCCUCUUCUCCUCUGAUGAACUCAAACAAAAAUUCGAUAUUACCAUGGUAAAUUGCUCUCCUCAGGGAUAAAGGAACCAGCUAAGGUUUUAAUCCAGUAAGGCGGACCACAGAUGAAUAGACAUCCACGGAUGUCAAGACAGUACAAAGGUUUCCUUUUGUGCCUCGUACAUUUCAGCCGAUCGACGAAGGCGGUGAAUAAAUCCCAGUUGUUGUGACACUAUUUGGAGCAUCUUCAUGAAUGGGCCACAGCACCCGUUGGAAGAAACGGGUUAUCUCCGGCAUACUCAGCACACUAUGACCUGGUGUCAUCAGGCUGCAUGACACAUUGUACAUUUCACAUAUUCAACCCUAAUCCACCAUUGUGUGGUGUACACACAGAAGCUCAUACAUGUAACCAAAAUGUUUCAUGAUAUACGCUUCGAAUGCAGAUAACCGUUUUCUCAUGUAAUGUAGUGAUCAGCAGGAGCCUCAUAGUAGAUGGUUAUCGUACUGAGUGUUAGUCUGGUGUCAGCCGGUGAUUUUUCCCUUUGUUAUUAAGCCCAAACAGAAAUGGUUUCCCAGUAGCCCACAUAGGUUCUGCUAAGGAGAAGAUAGGAAGUGACUUCAUUCGUUUACAGAUACAACAGAAUGGAUUUCGUUGCGAAAGUAAUACCACAGUGGACGCCUAAUUCCCAGAGGUUUAAUUUAAGCAUCUAUUACACUCAUAAAUAUAUGUGUUGGUCGCUAGGCCGAAUGUGAAGUCACAUCUUGAACCAGACAGAACACAUCCCACAAACGAACAGCGCCUAGCUUGAAAGUAUGAGUGCCAAAAGCUUGCUAUGAUUAGUUAGGAAGUAAUUAAAAACGUAUAGAUGCCUUACCAUACAACAACGUCGGUUCAUAACUAUAUAGUUGGCUUGAAUACCGCCUGUGCACAACUUUGGUAAGCGUCAAAACAAUGCAUUAGACCUCACACCACACAAAGGACUGGCGGCCUGCACCGGGGGCUAGGUUGUGACUUCUUCCAGGAACAGAUUGGGAAAAAAUUAUAGUUCCUUCUAACUAAUUAAAAAGUCAUUUGUUAGUGAGUGCGCCAGUUAAGUUUAUACACCUAAUAGGACCACAAGCUAGCAAGUAUGGCAGUUUCUUUCCAACUAACCUGUAAUGCAGUUCAAGUUCGACGUUUCCCAUCCAUACAGUCGAUCUCAAUUUAGAAUUUGUCCAUCGGCUCAUGUUGUUUGAUAGGACGGUUUUUAACACAUAGCGUCGGUUCACCCAUUUGCGCAAACUUUGUAUGCGCCUGAAGAUAUCCAGUGUUCACCGCAACCUUGUUCGAAUAUAGCAGUGAAUCAGUGAAUCCCGUCCUCUUAUCUAGACGAGACCGCAUGAAGCACAGUUGUUCUGUACCAUGGUCUCUAAAGCUAACGGUGUGCAAAAUAUAACCGAGGAGUCCGAACUCACAACCCUGCCAGCUAACACUUCACUAGCAUGCAUUUUAAAAACAGCAAACAUAAUAUGUUGAUGGGAGUUUAAUUUACAACCCCAGCAUUCGGCCUAUGCUAUCUCGACUCUUUCCAUACAGCUGGUGAACACUCACAAGAGACCAAUGCAGGCUACUCCAGAAAACCAAAUGGAAAUCAUUUCACCAGCUAGCUGUGACUCCGUUUUGGACACAUAAAAGUCUGGUAUCAUUCGCUUGAUUUCUUUACUCUCAAAUAAAUGAGUAUAUUGCUUUC